GCAAAGAAAAAUAAUCAUAAACGAGAAUCGAACUUGGUUCCAUGGCUGCUGCUAUGGCAAUAAAAUAUAAGAGAAUUUUAUAAAAUAAAAAAAAAUUUCAAAUGUAAGAGUAUAGCAACAUAGUAAUAGCCAGGAACAACAAGACAGAUGGAAAUAGAUAGUUACAAAAGGGAGAGAGAGAGAAACAAUAAAAGAGAAUUUUCUUAUUAUCUCAUUCAAUUAUAAGUUCUUUUUUAUUUAUAUUUUUAUUUUGAAUUUAGUUUUAUCGUGCCAGUUGUUGAGCUAACAACAAUUUAAUAUUAGGGAUUACGGGAGGAAAAUUGUAAUUUUUUUUUUUUUUUUUUAUAAAAACGAAUUAAUAAAAAAAAUUUCCGGUAUAACAAAGAUCGUAUUAUUUCGUUUAAUUUGUUGAUCAUUAAAUUUUUUUUACCGGUAUACAAAUAUUUUAUACUUUAGUUGAAUUUGUUGCAUUAAUUAAAAUUUUGGUAAAACUUACGCAGGAUAUUCGUUUUUUGUGUGAAAAAUUUUGAAAUUAAUUGCUAUAUUUAAUUUAAAUUAAUAAAAAAAUUACAAACAAUUGUAGCUAUUAUAAAAUUCAGUUGAAAAUUCACAAAUUCUAUAACAAAGUAAUGUGAAAAGCUUAAGAGUUCUGGAUAUUUGCAUUAAAAUUAAUAUAGAGCUAUAAAUGCAUGAAAAAUUUAAAAAAUACAGAGUGCAACCACACCUAUGUGUAUAUAAAAUGUUAACUAAUUUUAAAAAUAUUACCUUUUGUGUAUAAGUAAAUUAUAAGAAUAAAUUAUCGAGAACGAAAAAUGACCGCUAUCAUUUAUUAAAAAUUGUUACCGUUAACAAAGUAGUGAAAAUACAUAUAUCGAUUUUUAAUAUAUCAAUUAAACAAUUACUCAGUAUAGCUAGCAUAAAUUGAAAAUAUUUAAAAUUAAAAAAAAAAUAAAAAGUAUAACGGCGCGCCGGUGCAUAAUAAUUAAACCAGAGGUGAUCGAAUGAUUUUUUUUUAAUUAAUGAAAAUUUAAAAAGAAUAAAAAGAAAAAUAUGAAAAUUGUGAACUCAAAAAAGAAAAUAAAAUAUCGUAAUUGAUAAUUCUAGUUUUCAAAAUAUUAAAAAAGAAUUUUCAAAUUAAGAAACAAUGUUUCAAAAGAUAAAAUGAUAAUUUUAAAAAAUUGGUUUUAUAAAGCCAAAACGUGAUUAUAAACUUAAAAGUGAUUUUAAUAAAAAUACAACAACAAAAAAAAUGCUAAUAAAUAAAAUUUCAAAAAAACAUUCCAAAUGACAACGAAACGUGUAUCAAUUAUGCGACCUCAUACACAAAUACAUGAUGGUUUCGCAACAAUAAGAAAAGGUGGCCUUACAAGAACUCGAAGUCGUGCUGAACAAUUGGAACGUUUUCGUCCAAAAUCAUUAAAAUCAAAUUCAGCUGAUUUUGAUGAAUAUACAUCAAAUUUGUAUGAUGAUGAAGAUUCAAAUAUAAUUUCUACAUCUACUAAUACUGAUACAGGAUUAUCUUUCCUAAAAGGACAUUAUCAAUCAGCAAAUGGUUUAAUUGAUCCAACAACAUCGGAACCAUUAUAUUCAAGUCCAAGUUCAUUACCAUGUUCAACAUUUCGUCCUAUUGGUGAACAAAUAACACAAUUACCAUCAUCACCACAAUCGAAUUAUACAACAGUAACACAAAAUAUUAAAAAGAAUUCACAAUUCUCAUUAGAAUCAUUACAAAGUAGUACAACACCAAAAACACCAGAUAAUCCAUCUGAAGAUGGUAUAUUUUUAUAUUCAGCUCCAGAAUCACCACAAUAUACAAAUAUAUUGCCAGGUAUGAAUAGAUCAUCAAAUCGUUCGUAUGAUGAAAUUGAAGAUUUUAUUACAGCAACAAAUAAUAUGACAAAUGGUCAAAUAACAUCAUCACCAAAAUCAAAAUCUUCUAUAAUAUGUGAUUCAAUAUUACCACCAGAGAAUGAAAUGAUUCAAUUACAAGAUUUAACAACAACUAAUAAAUCAAAAUCAAUUCAACCGCAAACAAUGGAACAAGAAACAACACCAUUAAAUAACAAUAAUAUAGUUAGAAAAUCAUCUAUGAGAUCAGCAACAUUACAACCGAAGAAAACUUCGUUUUCCCUUUUUACUUCAACAAUUGGCGAAAGUAAUUCUCUAGCCACUACUAAUAACACAAACGAUGUGAAAAUUGAUCAAAAUCAUCUUAACAAUAAAUUUAAUGGAACAACAGCAUGUAACAAGAAUGGUACUAAUACCAAUACUAAUAUAAUUUAUAGUAAUACAAUAAAUACUUAUCAGCAUAAUAGAAGUGCUAGUAUACCAUCAUCACCGAAACCGAAUAGUUGUAGUACACCAUUAAAUACAAUUUUUAAUACAAUAGAACCAAAGAUAAAAACUUCACUAGAAUUUUAUAAUCCUCAAACAAAUUAUUAUAGCCCAAGUGAAAUAUCAUCAAAAUCAUCAAUAAAUUCAAUUCACAAUAGUGAUAUUUCGAAUUCAACAAGAGAGAAAUCAUUAUUUGGUGGUGAUUAUGAAACAAUAAAUAAUUCUUCUAUAAAUUCCAAUGGUAUUAACAAUAGUAUACCAUUUAAAAGAAGUUCAAGUGCAAAUAUUGAAGAUUAUUCUAGUUAUAAUACAACACAAAUAACAACCACAACAACACCGUUAUCUUAUUUAAUUUUACCACAACAACACCAACAACAUAUUAAAUCAAAUGAAAAUUUAAAUAUUAAUAAUAGUAGCCAUGAUCGUAUUAAUUAUAUUGGUUUUGAAAAUCAAACAUUUAAACAUCGACGUUAUCAUACGUUAGGCCACCCAAGAUUAAAUUCAGCAUGUACAAAUAAUAUUUCUUUCAAUAAUAAUAAUAAUAAUAAUGGUAUUGAUGGCAGUAUAUUUAAUAAUGAUAUAGACAGUCAACAUCAACGUAAUUUUUAUCAAAGAACACCAAUGCUAUCAUUAAUGUCAAAUAAUUCAACCGGACAUUUAGCAGCGACAUACGGUAGCGGUGGUAGUACAACAAAUGUUAAUAAUUUACCAUGGAAUUCUAGUGUAACACCAAUUGAAGAUGAUAUUAAUAUUACUGAUUAUAUUGAUCCAUUAGUAUUUAAAGUUGGUUGUCAAACAACUUUACGUAGUAAACCAAUAAUACCAUGGUAUGAAUUAGCUAUUAAAAGAGAUAUAAGACGUAAAAGUUGCCCACCUAUUAGUCAACAAAAUCAGGCACAUGUUGUCGCUGCAUUCGAGCAAAGUCUUUCAAAUAUGACACAACGUCUUCAACAGCUGACUGCAACUGCUGAACGUAAAGAUGGCGAAUUAACUGAUAUGCGUCAAACUAUAGAACUAUUACGUAAACAAUCAAUUCAAGCCGGUUUAACAACAGCUCAUAUGCAAAGUAUGGGUGUACAACAAGCAAAUGUAACAUCAACUAAUUUACAAAAUCAACAACAACAGAAACAUCAACAUCAAAAUAAACAUACACAUGGUACAAAUCAAUCAAUUCCAAAUGGUAGCCCAAAACAUAUAAAUGGUACAUCAAAAACUGUUAAUGGUAAUGCUGUUCAAAAUGCUCACGGAACACCGAAUUCUUCACCAUCGAAUCUACCUAGUAUGCAACGACAUCAUAGUUCAGAUUCUAUGUGUUCUUUAAAUUCUCUUAGUUCAGGAGGAUGUUCUGUACAAGAUAAGAAAAAGAAAAAAGGUUGGCUUCGUAGUUCAUUUACAAAAGCAUUUUCAAGAAAUGCUAAAAUAUCUAAAACAAGUAGACAUGUUGCUGAAUCACAACAAUCAAAUCAACAACAUAAAAAUCAUUCGAAUCCAAAUGAACAAAAUAGUCCAAAUCAUUCAAUAAAAGCUAAUUCAAAAGAACAACAACAAAACGGACAACAACCAAAGCAACAAUUACAGCAACAAGAGCAACAAAAUCAAAAAGAUAAAAGUAAUUUAACAAAUUUACCUCCUCCCAGUCCUUCGAAGAAUAGUCCACAGAAAACAGUAACUAUUAUUGAAAAUGCCAAACCAGUUGAUGCAAUUGAAUUAGAUGGAAAUCCAGUUGUAGAAGAUCUUAAAAAACAACUUCGUGAAAAAGAUUUAGUUUUAACUGAUAUUCGUUUAGAGGCUUUAAGUUCUGCUUCACAAUUAGAGAGCCUCAAGGAUACUGUGAUGAAAAUGCGUGCCGAAAUGUUAACUUUAAAACAAAAUAAUGAACGUUUACAAAAAUUAGUAACUAGUCGAUCAUUAGCUGGAAGUGAAGUAUCAUUAGGUACUGCUAUUAGUCCAAGUGGUUCUAUUGGAGAAUCAAGACGUUACAGUUUAGCAGAUAGUUCAGGUCGUCCACCAAUGGAAUUACCAAAGAGUUUAGACGAAGAAACCGAAGAAGAAAAUAUACCACCGGCACCAGCACCUGAACCACCACCUCCGUCUUCCAUUAGUCCAACAACACAUAUAGAUUUAACACCACCACCGCCUGCUAUCGAAGCACCAAGUCCAACACAAUUAAAAUCAACCGUCCUUCCAUUAGCCAUAGAAGAUAUACCCGAUAUGACAGACGGUAAAAAAAUUUCUAUUGCCGUUUAUUUAGGUCAACCAGAGUCCUUUUCAAAAUAUCUAGAAGAAAUCUAUGAAAUUGAUAAUUAUUAUGAUUGUAAUAAUGGGCUAUCAAAGGAAUUAGAUGAAUCUAGUAACAAUAAAGAAAACGGUUUUGAAGUUCGAAAAUUUUCAAAUGCAAAUUUAAAUGAAAUUGUUAUUGCUUAUACAUAUAUUUCGGGAAAGACAACAUGGCAAAAUUUAGAUUAUAUUGUUAGAAAAACAUUUAAAGAUUAUGUAGCUAGAAUUGAUCCUGGUACGAAUUUAGGUUUGAAUACCGACUCCAUUACAUCAUACCACUUAGGUGAAGCUAAACGUGGUCCUGAAGUAGGCUUCCCCGAAUUACUUCCAUGUGGAUAUAUUAUUGGAAAUGUUAAGACUUUAUACAUUUGUUUACAAGGUGUUGGUAGUUUGUCUUUUGAUAGCUUGAUUCCACGUAGCAUUGUACAUAGAUACAUCACUUUAUUAACUGAACACCGUAGAUUAAUUUUAUGUGGACCUAGUGGAACUGGUAAAUCAUAUUUAGCUAGAAAAUUAGCAGAAUUUUUAGUUGCAAGAUCUGGAAGGUGUAAUAUUUCUGAAGCUAUUGCUACUUUUAAUGUUGAUCAUAAAUCAUCGAAAGAACUCCGCCAAUAUUUAAGUCAUAUUGCUGAACAAGCAUCAAUGCCAAAUGGCGCAUCUGAAUUGCCCUCUGUGAUUAUUUUAGAUAAUUUACAUCAUGCUUCAGCACUUGGUGAUGUCUUUUCAUCAUUAUUAAGUGCGGGCCCAGCUGCCAAAUUACCAUGCAUUAUUGGAACAAUGUCACAAGCUACCUGUAAUACGACAAAUCUGCAAUUACAUCACAAUUUCCGAUGGGUUUUAACUGCAAAUCAUAUGGAACCAGUUAAAGGAUUCCUUGGACGUUUUCUUCGACGACGUUUAUUUUCAUUAGAACUUCAAACCCAAACUCAUCAAAAUGAAUUAUCAACAGUUUUGACAUGGCUUCCAACAGUAUGGCAACAUAUUAAUCGUUUUCUUGAAAAUCAUAGUAGCAGUGAUGUAACAAUUGGUCCAAGAUUAUUCUUGACCUGUCCACUCGAUUUAAAAGAUUCUCAAGUAUGGUUUACAGAUAUAUGGAAUUACCAUUUAGCUCCGUAUCUAGUCGAAGCUGUACGAGAAGGUGUACAAUUAUAUGGUAGACGUGGUGGAGCAUGGAAUGAUCCAUCAACAUUUAUUCGUGAUACGUACCCGUGGCAAUAUGGACCAGAUUCGGUACCGCCUUUAAGGCAAAUUAUGGCAGAAGAUGUUGGAUUAGAGAGUACUGGAGUUGCAAAUCCAGAUUCACAAGAUCCCUUGUUAAAUAUGUUAAUGCGUCUUCAAGAAGCAGCAAAUUAUUCAGAAACACAAGAGCAAGAAUCUGAUUGUGCUAGUUUAGAUUCCAAUAUAACUCCUGAUAGUUCAGCUGGUGCUGAAUGAAUGAAUAUUAAUAGGAAAAAACAUUAAUUUUAUUAAUCUGCAAGAAUCAGAAAUAAGAAAGACGAUCAAAAUGAGAUUUAUUGAAAAUUAUCAUAGAAAUUUACUCGUAAUUAAUACUAUUCUAUAUAUUGUGUUCAAAGUAAACUCUUCAGUGUCGAAUUUACGUAUAUACUAUAAAUGUAAAAGACUUCUUCAAUGAAAAAUAUUAAAAUGUCUUCAUUUUUCUAUAUUUAAUGAAUAAUAACCAAAUAAGUUGACUUGUAAAACUGCACAAAAUUACAAAAAAAACUUGCAUUUAUUUUUUUUUAUAUUUAAAGUACGAUUUGGAGACUAAAGUAGAUUUUUUAAAUUUUUACUAUUAAAAAUUUUAAACUUAACAAAUAAAUUUGAAUAAUAUUCCAAGCAAUUUCUUAAAAUUUAUUAGUAACAACAGCACUUAUUUAGUACGAAAAAUUCUUACUCAUUCGCAUAACUUAGAUAUUCAACUUGUUAUUAUUUUGAUUAUGCUUGUAAUUUGCAUAGAAGUAAGAUACAAAUAUUCCUAAAACAAGUUUUACAUGAAAAUUUUAAGUUCUCCCCAUAUUUUGGACCCAGAGAUAGCCAAACUUAAAUAGUAAAUAAAAGUUGGUCGCAGAAAAAUAAUAUCAAGUAGUAAUAGGUUUCCAAAAAUUUCUUGAUAUAAAUAGAGUUUAACUCUAUUUAUUCAAAAUGUUGUGCUCAAAAAUUUAUGUUUUCAGAUUCCAACCUAUUCGAAUCUGACCUAGAUUAUAUGGUAAUUAUUAUGGAUAGCAAUUAAUUCACACAAAAUUUAUAAUAUUUAUUUAAAAAAAAAUUCUUUUAAUUUAUUCCAAAAUUAUCUUUUACUAUUUUCAUUUAAAUAAUAAUUAUUUUAAAAAAAAAAUUAUUUGAAAGAAGUAAAAGAAAAAUUUUGAAAAAAUAAUUUUUUCUUCAAAAUUCAUGCACAUAUUGAAAAAUAUAUGUUAUGCACGAAAUUAUUUUAGUAUCUAAGAUAUUUUAGUUUAUUACAAAAAAAAACAAAAAUUAUUAUGAAUUGAUGGGCUACUAAUGCAAACAGAAAAUAAUAAUUACUAUAAAUGUAAAGUAAACAAAUACUUACGUGCUAUAAUGGCAAACUAUUGCAAGACCAAGAACAAAUCAAUUUGGCAUAUAAGGUAUUGUAACGCUUGAUGUAUCUCAAAUUGCAACGAAGAAAUCCAAUCAUAAUGAACUAUAUUCCACAUUUCCAGAAUUUCCGAAACAAGACAGCUUUUCCCCUGAAAAAAAGAAAGAUAUCAAAUGUAAAUUUUUCAGCUUUUAAAGUAUAUACCUAUAAUAAAAUUGUACAAUUAUAGCAUACUUGUAAAAUUUUAUAACAAGGUUCAGUUUACAAUUUUUAUCAGAAAGACCUUUUUAACGGGCAAAAUUUUUUUGAAAUAUUUUUUAACCAAAAUAUUUAUAUUUAUACAAACAGUUGAUAGUCAACUUUUCCCACAAAAAGUGAAUAACCCACAAAAAGUAAAUUAGGUCAAGGAAAUAAAAGUCUCCAAUUAUUUCUACAGAGUAAGAAUUAUAAAACUAUACAAUUUCUUAAAUAUAUUCACAAUAUUAGUAAUUUGUACUUAAGUCAAUGUAAAAAUAUUUCUAUUCACAUUCAAUAAUCUUAGAUAAAUUUUGUAAAAAUUAAACAAAACAAAAGUCUCCAAAACAUGAAACAAAAAAACCCCAAAACAAUUUUAUACUAAUGCAACAUAGAUUUUCUUUAAACUUAUAUAAAAAAAAAAGACUCAAAUAAAUCAAAAAUUUCAAUAUUCUUUAAUUCUGUAAAUUAUUAAGUAUAUAAAAUGUCAAAAGAACCAUAAAUUCUACAAUAACUUUAUGUAACA